AUGAAUCAGGCACAAGGAAUUCAAACGCAAAUCCCCAAACUCACCGGCCAAAAUUAUUAUCAUUGGCACAUUCAAAUCAAAGUUUUAUUCGAAUCACAAGAACUGUGGAAUAUCAUUGAUGAAGGAAUUAAAGAACUGGGCACAAAUCCAACGGAGGAGGCGACUGCAACACACCGAGAAUCAGUCAAGAAGGAUAAGCGAGCGUUACAUAUCAUCUAUCAGUCAGUAAACGACACAAUAUUCGAACGAAUUGCACUUGCAAAAACAUCGAAAGAAGCAUGGGAUAUCUUACACAAAUCCUACAGAGGAGAAACUCGGGUAAAAACAAUCAAACUUCAAUCUUUACGUUGUGAAUUCGAUGCACUUAAUAUGAAAGAAGGGGAAUCGAUUGAAGAAUAUUUUAAUAGAACGAUAUCAAUAGUAAAUCAGUUACGAAUGAAUGAAGAUAAUAUUAGUGAACAACAAGUAGUAGAGAAGAUCCUGCGUAGUUUGACUCGAAAUUUCGAGUCAGUAGUGAUUACGAUAGAGGAAACGAAAAACCUAGGGGAUGUUUCGACCGAAGAAUUAAUGGGAAUUCUUCAAUCUCAUGAACUGAGAUUAAAGCGUUAUGAUGAUGCUCCAAUAGAACAUGCAUUCCAAGUACAAAACUCUAUCCAAGAUAGAUAUACACAGACUCGGAAUGAUGGAGCAGGGAGGGGACGCACCAAGUUUUGCAAACGUAAGGAUGAGAGUGAGAAGCCGGAUAAUGCCUUGAUACAUAAAGACGAUGAUAUUGAUGAACAUGAAGAUACAAUGUUCAUGAUCUUCAAUGUGGAGGAAGCAGUCAAAGAGGAUUGUUGGUAUCUUGACAGCGGCUGUAGUAAUCAUAUGACAGGAAACAGGGAUCUAUUUAUCAAUCUGGAUGAAUCGCUUAAGAAAGAAGUGAGAACAGGCGAUGAUAAAAGGCUGGAAGUAAUCGGUAGCGGAGAGGUGUCUGUUUCUAUCAAAGGACGGACUCGAAAAAUACCCAAGUAUUUUACGUGA